AUGUUUGAUGCUAUCAGCCAUAUUGUGCGUCAUAGUGAAGCAGGAAGCGAUCUAGGAAGGCAAUAUUUGAAUUUUACUGAGCCAAGAAAAAAAAACAAAAAAAAAAUACUUUGAGGUUGGAGUAUAUUUAAAACAGUAAUAUCUCUCUCUAUCUCACUUUCUGAGAAUUUCAGAUCUGGCUAAGGCAAAAAAAAAAAGGGUUUCAGUGUAACGCUUACAGGAAGGUGAAAUCGAAGGCUACUAUUAUGGCUCUACCAAAUGGGAUCUCUGGCUUGCACUGUUUAGGCGUAGGCUUACUUGUUAUUGGAUUGGUUUUACAUGUAGUGGGACUGGCCACUCCGAACUGGAUGACGAGUUCAACUAAUUUCGGAACACAGGGUCUGUGGACGACCUGCCAAUUAAAUAUAUGUAUCGAUAUACCAUCUAAAUAUAAGACAGAUGAACUGAAAGCUGCUGGUGCAUUUGCUAUUUUGGCUAUGGUUGCUGGAGUAGGAGGCUUGGGUCUGGCCUGCCUUCAUAUUGCCAGACGCAUUAAGGCGAAACCUGAUUUAGACAUUUUAAAAUUGGGUCAUUUGGCAGCUGGAAUCGCAACACUUGUGUGCGUUAUCAUCAGUUGCAGUGUCUUUGGAGCUGGAGUUUAUAAACACAUAGCAGAGAUAGCAGAUAUUGGCUUCUCCCUUAUCCUGAGCGCAGUUGGUGGUGUCAUCAUCUGUAUAGGCAGCGUUAUGUUCUAUGCUGCCUGUAAUAUGAAAUCUUAGUUUUAUAAAACUUUUUGAAUAAAGAAGCAUUUAUUCUAUUCUA